CCGCUGUGGAAGCCUGCGUCUUGUACGGCUUGAAGCGGAGGGCGGCGGGAUUCCUGCGCAGCAAUAAGAUAGCAGCUCUGUUUAUGAAGGUGGGCAAGAGCUUUCCUCUGGCAGAGGAGCUUUGCAAGAAGGUGCAAGACCUGGAGCAGCUCAUUGAGAACGCACGAAAUCAAGUCCAGGGCAUCCCAGAGAACGUGCGCAAGAUGCCGAAGCUGCCCAACCUGUCUCCUCAAGCCAUCAAGCACCUCUGGAUCCGCACAGCGCUCUUUGAAAAGGUCUUGGAUAAAAUCGUGCAUUACCUGGUAGAAAACAGCAGUAAGUACUAUGAGAAGGAAGCUCUCCUGAUGGAUCCUGUGGAUGGGCCAAUUCUUGCAUCUUUGUUGGUGGGGCCCUGCGCGCUGGAGUACACGAAGAUGAAGACUGCUGACCACUUCUGGACAGACCCCUCUGCUGACGAGCUGGUCCAGAGGCACCGGAUCCCCAACUCGCCCAGCCAGCUGGACCAGCGCGGUAUUCAGAAGAGGCAUUCGAGUGGCAGUAUGGACGACCGGCCGUCGCUGUCUGCCAGGGACUACGUGGAGUCGCUGCACCAGAAUUCCCGAGCCACGCUCCUCUACGGCAAGAACAACGUCCUGGUGCAGCCGCGAGACGACAUGGAGGCGAUCCCGGGAUAUCUGUCGCUUCACCAGACGGCCGACAUCAUGGCGCUGAAGUGGACUCCCAACCAGCUGAUGAACGGCUCCGUGGGGGAUCUGGACUACGAGAAGAGCGUGUACUGGGACUAUGCCAUGACGAUUCGCCUGGAGGAGAUUGUCUAUUUGCACUGUCACCAGCAAGUAGACAGCGGUGGGACGGUUGUCUUGGUGAGCCAGGAUGGGAUUCAGAGGCCCCCGCUGCGGUUCCCCCGAGGAGGGCACUUACUGCAGUUCCUGUCCUGCCUGGAGAACGGCCUCCUGCCCCACGGGCAGCUGGACCCACCACUCUGGUCGCAGCGGGGAAAGGGGAAGGUGUUUCCCAAGCUGAGGAAGCGGAGUCCCCAGGGCUCCUCCGAGUCUGCGUCUGACAAGGAGGAUGACGAAGCCACAGAUUACGUUUUCAGGAUAAUCUACCCGGGGACGCAGUCCGAAUUCGUUACCAUUAAUGGUAAUUUUCAUCCAUUCCUUGCAUCCGUGAUCUCCAUCGCUGCUGUGAGAGGGAAGAUGGCAAGGACUCCAGCUGCAAGCAAGACGCUGGUGAUCCCUAAAUGGUUUCCGAGCCUCCCCAUCGCGUCCCGAGCUCCCCUUGCUGCGCUGGGGGCCUCUCGGUGUCAGUGUAACGCGGCUGUCUGGGGAGGCCCAGGAGCGAAGGGCCGGGGCGGUUCCAGGGCAGGACAGCAGCCGAGCUGCUCUCGCAGCGGCUCUGCGCCUGGUGGCCCGCCCAAUGGCUGCAGCCAUGAGAGAGCUCCGCUGAAGCUCCUGUGUGACAACAUGAAGUACCAGAUCCUCUCCCGAGCCUUCUACGGCUGGCUGGCCUAUUGCAGACACCUCUCCACGGUGCGCACCCACCUGUCUGCGCUGGUGAACCACAACAUCGUGUCUCCGGACGUGCCCUGCAACGCCAGCUCGGGACUGACCGUCGACAUAUGGCAGAGAUACCUGCAGGACAGCACGGUAGGGCCAGACCAGGAGCUGCUGCGGCUGAUCUACUACGGCGGGAUCCAGCACGAGAUCCGGAAGGCGGUCUGGCCCUUCCUUUUGGGCCAUUAUCAGUUUGGGAUGACGGAGGCGGAAAGGAAGGAGGCUGAAGACCAGAUCCGCGCCUGCUACGAGCACACCAUGGCGGAGUGGCUGGGCUGCGAGGCCAUCGUCCGGCAGCGGGAGAAGGAGUCGCACGCCGCAGCGCUGGCCAAGUGCUCCUCCGGGGCCAGCCUGGACUCCCACAUUCAGCGGAUGAUGCACAGGGACUCCACCAUCAGCAACGAGUCUUCGCAGAGCUGCAGCUCCGGCCGGCAGAAUCACGCCCGGCUGCAGAGCGACUCCAGCUCCAGCACGCAGGUGUUUGAGUCUGUUGAUGACGUGGAACAGACUGAAGCGGAUGCGCAGCUGGAAGAUGGCAAACAAAGCAAGAUCCCCAACGGGACGGUUCCCAACGGCACGUGUUCCCCUGAUUCUGGGCACCCCUCUUCCCAGAACUUCUCCAUCGCGUCGGGAUUCUCGGAGCGCAGCUUCAGCAACGAGGACAGUGCCCUGGAAACCAACAAAUCCUCGGUGAGCUCUCAGGGAAAGGCUGGUGGGUCCGAUGGGCCAGCACCACGGGACCCAGAUGGUGCCCGGUGCGAGGAGAAGCUGCAGGGCCAAGACAGCCUAGAAGGUGAAUUUCCCACCGGUGGAAGCAUGGACUUUGUUCCUGUGGGUGAGAGCUCGGCAAGGGUCCUGCAUGAUCGUGACACCGUGGCCCUGACUGUGGUGGAGAGCUGGGCAGACAGCGAAGCCGAGAAGCAAAGCUUGGUGGAGAGUGAAGAUAACCUCUCCGAGGAGCCGGAGAUGGAGAGUUUGUACCCGCAGCUGGAUUCUCUGCCUGUGGCUGAUCUGGCCAGCAGCGAAACCUCUGCUGUCUCCUCGACGGGUGUCACCUACUCGCCAGAGCUACUGGACAUGUACACAGUGAACCUGCACCGCAUCGAGAAGGACGUGCAGCGGUGUGACCGCAACUACUGGUACUUCACCCCUGCCAACCUGGAGAAGCUCCGCAACAUCAUGUGCAGCUACAUCUGGCAGCACAUCGAGGUCGGCUACGUGCAGGGGAUGUGUGACCUGCUGGCCCCUCUCCUGGUCAUCCUGGAUGACGAGGCUCUGGCUUUCAGCUGUUUCACUGAGCUUAUGAAGAGGAUGAAUCAGAACUUCCCCCACGGAGGAGCCAUGGACACCCACUUUGCCAACAUGAGAUCUCUGAUCCAGAUUCUGGACUCUGAGCUCUUCGAGCUGAUGCACCAGAAUGGUGAUUACACUCAUUUCUACUUCUGCUACCGAUGGUUUCUCCUGGACUUCAAGAGAGAGCUGGUGUACGACGACGUGUUCGCCGUCUGGGAGACCAUCUGGGCAGCUGCACACGUUUCCUCUGCACACUACGUGCUCUUCAUAGCCCUGGCCUUGGUGGAAAUGUACCGGGACAUCAUCUUGGAGAACAACAUGGAUUUUACAGACAUCAUCAAGUUUUUCAACGAGAUGGCUGAGCGGCACAACACCAAGCAGAUCCUGAAGCUGGCUCGGGACCUUGUCUAUAAAGUCCAGACUCUGAUCGAGAACAAAUGA